ACUGGAAUGUAUUUGUCCAAUACCGCAUAGGGAGGCCAUCGCUAGUGGAGUAAAAAACGACUGAUCAUAAGGACGGUUGAUAAUUAAAAGAAAGUUUUGGAAAUAUUAACAAUCAAGUAAGCUAAGCAAGCGUUCAAAGGAAUGAACAGAAAUGUUGAGAAAGGAUGGCAAACUCAAAUUCGACCUAAUGAACGACAAAGUAUUGCUUUACAAAUAGCUCAGACCCUGAGGAUAAUCUCACCAUCCAUCUCAGAGGUUCAAUUAAUGAAUAUGGCACUUUCCUUCGAAAGGCAAGCAUUUGACGGAGCCAAUAGUAAGCAUGAAUAUUUGACGACUUGCAGUAAAAAAACGGCUCAACUAAGAGACCAAAUACGUGAGCAUUUGCAGGCCGCUCAAAUGAAGCAAGCACAGAAUUUUAGAAACAAUGGAAAUAUAAAUACUGUUCCCCAAGUACCCCCUGCUACUGCUGGAAGGAUGGCAACCAAUUCUAGAGUUCUGCCGCGUAUGCAAAACCAAACUAUGCCAAUGCAACCUGGAGGUGUACAACAACAAUUUGCUGGAAAUGUUAAACUUACGCCCCAGCAAAGACAACUUUUAUAUCAGCAGAGUCAGCUCCAACAACAGCAGCAACAACAACAACCACCGCCACCUCAACCUGUAAGUGAUACUACUCAAGGUCGUACUGCUCAACCUCGUGUUCCGCCAGCGUUCUCGCAACAACAAUUGAACAACCUUUGUGCCCAAAUAUCUACGUUGCUAGCUCGCACUGGAACUCCUCCUAUACCUUUGCAAAAACUGCAGAGUAUGCCACCUGCGAGACUUAUAUCACUUUAUCAAAAUCAAGUCCAAAAAUUUCGUUCACUUCAGCAAUUACAGCAACAACAAAAACAGGAUCAGCAACAGACGAAACAAUCAGGAAAUGCUCCUUUCAAUGCUGUUAAUAGUGCUGGCCAACCGUAUUCAAAUAUGGCUAACCAACAACAAACACAACCACAUGUUUCUCAGCAGCCACGCCCUGCAAAUGUUCCAAGUAAUGCCAGUGUUAGACAAAAUUUGGAAAUGCUUAAUAUACCUGUUCCAAAACAGUUGUUUGCUCAAAUUCCAGGAUUACCAUCAAAUAUUAAAUUAUGGAGGGAUGUAAUUGAACUUGGGAAAAAUCAGCGUUUAACACCUGAACAAGCGAAAGCAAUUGGGAUCCUUUAUCAGAAGCAUAUGCAAGUUUUACUACAGCAUCGACAAUUAAAAAUGCAAUCCGCACGUGUGAACCAAGCUUCUCAGACUCCGCAAGCUCCUGAAAAAUUUGGUAAUGUUCCUGUUGAUCCUGGUGUACCGGCUACAUCUCAACAGGCUUAUGCUCAGCAAAUGAGGAAUGCUAAUGUUACAAACCAAGCGGUAAACCCGCAAGGCGGUAAUAUCCCGCUGAACAUCGAUACCGUUCCUAAUUCUGCUAAACCAAAUUAUCAAAAUUAUGCACCUAGCACGGCGCGUGCAACUAGCCAGUCGUUGAAAUCAAAUGUAUCGCCUACUGACGUCCCCAACAUUGCUCCUUCGAAUGUUGAGCUAAACCCAACAUUCAAUGCUUCUGUUAGUCCUCCAUCUUAUCCUUUAAAAUCAUCAGAUGUCCCAAGUGGUCCUCCGGUAGCUAAUCAACCUGCAGAAAAGCCUUUUGCAAACCCAAAUACUUCCGGAAAUGUAAGCGCCUAUAUUGUACAGCAGCUUUUAGAAUCCGGAGGAACUAUGGGACAACAAAAAAUGACAGUUCGAAUUCGUGAGUUAACGGAAAGAGUGAUGCAUUCUAUGAUCAGACCUAUUCCGUUAGAACUUCCCCAUGACCAAAAAGUUAUAAUUGCUGAACUUGUGAAAUCCGCCUAUCCAAUGUUUAGUAGGACGAAUCAGUUGAUAUAUUUAUUUUACUGCCUUACUGCUAAUGAAGAAGCCACUGUACAAUUAAUACAAAUGCGUCAUAUUUUUAAACUACAGUUAGAAGGUCUACAACAAGGUGUCUUUACCAGCACACCUCAAAUGAUGGCAAAGAUUAAAGAAAAAACGAGCCGUUACUUCGCAUAUGUGAGAACCCAGUUAAUCAGACUGCAUCAUGAAGUUAAGGUAAACGGUCAAAGUUUAACCGCUGCUUUGGCUCAGAUUUCAACGUCAAUGAGAGGUUCCUCUGCUCAACAGCAGCAUCAACAACAACAGCAACAACAGAGGAACCAAAAGCAGCCUCAGGCUCAGCAUAUUCCUCCACAAUACCAGCGCAAUGCUGGUAUGCAACCACAGAACGAAUUUAUAAAUAAAGCUCAGACCGCCUCUUUGCCGUCACAAGUACGAAACGUACCAAAACCACCUAAUGAAUCUAAUUUGGAUGAACAUCAGCUUAAUCUAAAUGUUUUGACUAAAGCUCAGCAGGAAGCUCAAUUGAAAGAAAAGGCAAUAUCUGAAGUCAUGAAGCAUAGUCUUAGACCUGAAGAUCUGAAGUUACCUAUAGGAAAGAGGAAGAAGCUUGAGCAUGCCUCACCCCCGGCUAAUAUUCCUACCACGCAAAAGCCUUCUCUCAGAACACCUGAAGGGAGUACCAUGGUUGUAGACGAGACUCCGGUUUCAAGUUCAAUGGUGAAUGAUGGGUUUAAUGAUACCUUGGCAAAAGGAUCAGAUUCGUAUAAAGCCAGAGAGGAAGCCACUGCGAAUCCGCUUAAAUAUGCUAUUGAUGCGUUUGUAACACUUGAUCAUGAAGAUGAAAUUUCGGCUGUGAAGAGUGGUUUAACACCAAAUUCGGCAAUCAAAACUCCUCAGUCAUUCUUCAUUCCUUCUUCAACGCCUGAUCUCAAUGCUGGCAAGAAUUCUUUGAGUCCAGCUAAUAUUUUAACUUUGGAAGGCAAAUUUACAUAUGAUGAUGAUGCUGAAUUAUGGGCCGAUGGUAUUCAAGAUAGUAGUGCGGGAAAUGAAGUAACGAAAGCUGCUGAUGGUGGAAUGGAGAUGGAUGUGAAGGAUGUGUCAAUGGAUGCAGAUUCUGCUUAUAAAAUCCCGGAAGAAGAAUCAUUUGUUAAGUUAACUGAUAAUGAAAAUGAUCCGUGGAAUGAUUUUAUUCGAGAAAAGCAAUUAACAACUAAGCGGAAAGAAAGAGGAGAGGAUAUAAAUGAAUUUACCUCUAUGAAUCCCUCGAAUAUAUGGCAGGUUGUAAUAUAAGUGUUAGCACGAUGACCGUUACUUGAUUUAGUUUCAUGACAAUUCUUGGAGUUUGUUAAGGCAAACCCAUUCACGAUGGUAAAGAAAAAAAAAAUCAAAUAUUUAUAAACAUUUACAACCUUUUAGAUGAAAAAAUAGAAGGCUCCCUAACUAUGCCAAGAGGUUGUUUAUAUAUGUUUCAAGUGCUUAAGUUUAGUAAAUGUUAUGUUGGUAAAGAAUGCUUUUGCAGUAUUUAAUUUAUUUUUUGUUACUAUUCUCUUUCCAUGAGACGAAUACCCAGGCUCCUCAUUUCAAAAUUAGACAAUACUUAUUCAGCAUUUCUUUCUAUAUUUGAUUUUGAUAUAUGUAUAAACAAGUCAGUUGGCUCAAAGACUACGAAAGAUUGACGUUCAAUUUCGUUUACUUUAUUCAGUGUAAGGCGCUCGUUCGCUU